CACAGGUACAACACGGUGAUAACGGGCGAUUUCUGGACACAGUGCAAGAAGAGCAGACAGUUCGCGACAAUAUGGCGUUCGCAUUGGAAGGCUGCGUCGCCUCGCUGCGCGCCAGCAUGCAGAAUCUCGAUUCGACUAUCAACAUCCUCGACGACGGUGUGAGCGACAUGCCACGACUGGCCAAAGUGCUACAGACAACACGGCAUUUCGAGCUCAUCUCUGAAACCGACCUCCAAACAGCGCAGGGCGCAUUACUCUCAGAGAUCCGCCCAGAAGUCGACAACCUACUGAAGCGCGUCGAAAACUAUCUGGACAAGCUUGAGCGACGCGAACGGUCACUCGUUGCGAAAUGCGACUUGAAUGAUGGCCGACUAGGACGCGACAGCACAGGCGGCUCAGGCUCAAGACCAGCGAGUCGAGCAGCGGCAGGUCGACGCAAUGCAAGGGCGGUGAACGCACAGCAGGAGUUGAGAUUCAAGCAGCUGAAAGCGAGGAAAGACAGGCUGAGCUACGCUGUGGAGACGCUGGAGCUGCAGGCAAAGCAGAGGGAGAGACAGUUGAGGAUGAGCAUGGCUGCACCUCAGCAGUUCGACGACUACUAGACAAAGUGUGUCAGGGAAGACGGGGUGAUGAUGUUCCGGAGGUUGCGUAUAUGACAGGCGUUUUGCAUUUGAGAUACCCCUGUAAUCAAUUGUUGGUCCUUCCAGCUGUGUUACUGCUUUGGAGUUUGAGUAUUUUUUGUAUUAGUCCAUACGAGCGAGACCAGAGCAGUGACCAACGCAGCACUGUGUAAAGGAUUUACCAGGCUAGAUAGCAAUGCGCGAGCUUCUUCAGAGC